AUGCUUAAGCUUAGAUCAACAGCAACAGAGCUCCUUCUAAAAGAGGACUGGAACAAAUACAUCAAUCUCUACUCCCGCUUCAUCUCCCGCCGUCAUUUCCCCCAAACUUCACCAAACGACGACGACGAUGACUCCAUUAAUCUCCUACGAACUCUCUGCUUCUCUCUCUCCAACCGCGCCGAAGCCUACUUCAAGCUACGAGACCUCAGUGCCGUGCUAAUUGACUACGACCACGCGCUUAAGCUUAAUCCUUUCCAUCUUAAGUCCCUCGUUUGCAAGGGGAAGGUCCUCCUUGACCUCCAAUGUUACUCACAAGCCUUUGAAUGCUUCCAUCGUGCCAAGGCCCUUGCUUUAACAGACAGUGCCAUAUCCCACCUCUUAAAACAGUCGCAGAAGCUCGAUUCCCAGUCUAAGACGGGCUUUAUUGAUCUCUCUGAUUGGGUUCUUAACGAAUUCAACGGCACUUGUCCUAAGCUCACCGAGUUUGUCGGCAAUGUCAAGAUACGCCGGUCGAAGGCCUACAGCGGAAGAGGGCUUUUCGCCACAAGGAACAUCGAGGCCAGUACACCUCUCAUUAUAACGAAAGCUGUCGUAUUGGGAAGAGGCAUUAUGCCAAAAGCCGCUGGUGAGCCCAAGUUGGCCAAUGAAUUACCUGCUCAUGCUCUGGCUACCCGGCGCCGCCAGACGUGGCAGUUGAGGCAGAGAUUCCAGAGCAGGAUUUUACUGAAGAGCCAUCUUCGAGACCGAGGAGGCAGUUGA